GAAACAUAUUCUCUCAUCUCUCUCUAUCUCUCAUAUUCGUCAUUCUUUUCUUUUUUUUUUCUAAUUUUCUUUUUCCCUAAACUACCUAGGGCCAUGACUUCAUCACUACCCAGUAUUUAUAUCUCCACAUUCACAUGGGCAAAACUUUGAGAAAACCAAACCCAGUUGAGUUAUUUAAGUUUUUCUUCUGCCUAGAAGUCCCAAAUUUUGUCAGAGACAUAAACCCAAGGCAGCAUUAGAAGCUGGAAGCCUGAGAGAGGUUGGAAGGAAUUGAAGCAACUGUUAUUGUUGGGUGUUUUCAAGAGCUUUGGAAAUGGUGUGAGAGAUUUAUGAUAUUCAUUUUUGAAUGGUCAUCAUGUGUUGGAUGAUGGAUUCAUGGAGUAAUAAAUGGUGUAGUUUUUAUCAUACAAGUAGAAGAAGACAAUGUACACAAAGCCAAUAUGCAGAUUCUUUAGCUAAACAGAAAGCGCCAGGAAGUUUCUCCUCAAGGAUGGACUCUAGCAGCAGCAGCUGGUGUAACAAUAUCUCAAUUUUUGUAUGUACUCUACUUGUUGUUUCUUCUUCACUUUGUCCUGCCCAAUCCUCGGAUACCAAUCAAACUUUCAAGCCACAAAGAGAGUUGCACAAGUUGAGAUUUAUAAGAGCCCAUCUCCAGAAGAUUAACAAGCCUGCUGUCAAGACAAUUCAGAGUCCAGAUGGUGAUAUCAUAGAUUGUGUUUUAUCUCAUCAGCAACCGGCUUUCGAUCAUCCUCUAUGGGAAGGAAAAAAACCAUUGGAUCCACCAGAGAGGCCAAAAGGGCAUAGCCCAGCAGCAAUGGCAUCUGAAAAUUUUCAGUUGUGGAGUUUGUCUGGUGAAUCAUGUCCAGAAGGAACAAUUCCAAUAAGAAGAACAACAGAACAAGACAUGUUAAGAGCAAGUUCUGUUAGAAGAUUUGGGAGGAAGUUAAGAAGACAUGUUAGAAGAGACACAAGCAGCAAUGGUCAUGAGCAUGCAGUUGGGUAUGUAUCUGGAGAACAAUAUUAUGGAACAAAAGCAAGCAUAAAUGUGUGGGUACCUCGAGUCUCCAAUCAAUAUGAAUUCAGCCUAUCACAGUUGUGGGUCAUCUCUGGUUCAUUUGGUGAUGAUCUUAACACCAUUGAAGCUGGUUGGCAGGUUAGUCCAGAACUAUAUGGUGACGGCUACCCCAGAUUCUUUACUUAUUGGACAACCGACGCGUAUCAAGCAACCGGAUGUUACAAUCUGCUGUGUUCAGGGUUUGUACAAACCAACAACAGAAUUGCAAUUGGGGCUGCCAUCUCUCCAACCUCAUCUUACAAUGGCGGACAAUUCGAUAUUAGCAUUUUGAUUUGGAAGGAUCCAAAGCAUGGGAAUUGGUGGCUAGAAUUUGGAUCAGGAAUUCUAGUUGGGUAUUGGCCAUCAUUCUUGUUUACCCACUUGAGGGAUCAUGCAACUAUGGUACAAUUUGGAGGAGAAGUUGUGAAUUCCAGGCAAACAGGGUCUCACACUUCAACACAAAUGGGGAGCGGACAUUUUGCAGGAGAAGGGUUUGGAAAAGCAUCAUAUUUUAGAAAUCUACAGGUUGUUGAUUGGGACAACAAUUUAAUCCCUCUAUCAAAUCUGAAGGUUUUGGCUGACCACCCCCAUUGCUAUGACAUACAAGGAGGCAUCAAUAGGGUUUGGGGCAAUUACUUUUACUAUGGAGGACCAGGAAGAAAUGUCAGGUGUCCCUAGUGGGAUCAACAGUGCAGAAUAUUUAUUCUUUUCUCUUUUAUAAUUUUUUUUUUCUUAAUUUUCUUGUUGGGUUUGCAAUUGGCUGCUUAUGGGUUGGGUUGGGUUAUUCUUAAUUUCUUAUAGUUAUUUACUAAGUUAAUCCAAAUUUUUUAAGAGAAACUAACUGGUGAUGAAUUAUGUAAAUGUGGAGAUCCAAAAGAAAAUAGUGAAAUAUGAAUACUAUUGUUUGUGAU